CACUGGAGUCAUUUGGAAAUAUAAACCUGGUGUGAUGAAGCUGUAAAAGUGGACGAGGAUGAGUAUGAUGAAGGGUGAAUAACUUGGCGUUCUGGUUACUUUCUAUAGCUAUUUAACUGGAGAUGAACAUAAUGAACAUAAAGCUAGAAAGCUUUAACAAUUUUAAAAAGUGAGCUAUUACAGGUACAAAGCGAAUCGUGUGCAUGUUGUUAAGUGUUACAGUAAGUGACGCUGGUGUAAUAUAGAUUAGCUAAGAGUCUCCUCCUGUUGGCUUCACACACACAGGCUGACACAAAACAGGAACUCUGCUUGCUCUAUACUGUAUCCAGCGUAUCGCCUGGUUUAGAUCAGUGUGCGGUACAGAAGAGCCCCCCGGUAUCGAGCGCUUCUGUUGGAUCGAUCCAGUUUGUGCGCCCUCGCGCCACAACGUGACAUUGGCGACGCCGUGCGCUUUACAGACUGGCGGGCUGCUGCUCGGGAACUAUGGAGGAGAAAGCGAAGGGUGACAGCGGCAAGGAGCAAGACGCGACCUCCACAUCUUAUCAGCGGAGGAUGUGGAAGAAUUUCCAGGAAAGGACAAAACCGUUUUUGAGCCCUAAACUGGGAUCGGAAAGGCGCAGCGCGGACGGCAAGAAAGAGAGCGGCUUGUGGAUGUUCAAGCGGAAAAAAAAACUGGACCGAAUCUUUUCAUCUUCUCAGCCGAACCUGAGCAGCUCGAGUCCGGCGUCUCUGCAAGGCGACAAAGCGGAACCGAAAUGCAGUGAAGGAGCCGGAAAGCCACCGCUCACUGCUAUGGAAGGAGCUGCUGCAAUGACACACAUUUACACGCACGAGGUGUCUGUGUCGGCCCACAGCAGCCCGAGGCUCAGUGUGGCUCAUUUAACCGCGUCUCAGCCCAAAAGCUCGUCCUUGGGCUCAGCGUGCUUCGAAAAGCUCGUGCUGGACUCGGCGACCGCUUCCGGUCAGGACGAGCUGAGGAAAGACGGGAGUGAUUCGGGCAUCAAUACCGUAGGGCCGAGUAAUGCAGCUCCGCCUGCACUCAUUAGGCCCAGGAUGUACCAAUUGGACAUUGUGCUGAUGAAGGGCAUCAAUCUUGCCAUUAGAGACAGAGGAGGCACCAGUGACCCUUAUGUGAAGUUUAAGAUCGCAGGGAAGGAGGUUUUCCGCAGCAAGACCAUUUAUAAGAACCUGAACCCGGUAUGGGAUGAGAAAGUGACCCUGCUGGUGGACAGUAUAAGAGAACCUCUCUAUGUUAAGGUCUUUGAUUAUGACUUUGGCCUGCAGGAUGACUUCAUGGGCUCUGCAUAUCUUUACUUGGAGUCCCUGGAACAACAUAGGACCCUGGAUGUGACCCUUGACCUGAAGGAUCCCCACUAUCCCGAACAUGAUCUGGGCUCUCUGGAACUGGCGGUCAAUCUCACUCCUAAGGAAGGGGACUUCAGGGAUUCUACCAUGCUUUUGAGAAGGAGCUGGAAAAGAUCCAGUAAGUGCCAGAGUCUGAGGUUAUCAGAUGUCCACAGGAAAGCCCAGCUGUGGAGAGGUAUUGUCAGCAUCAGUUUAAUCGAGGGUCGCAACCUCCAGCCAAUGGAUGCUAACGGCUUGAGUGACCCGUACAUCAAAUUCAGGAUGGGCCACCAGAAGUACAAAAGCAAGACAAUACACAAAUCAUUGAACCCUCAGUGGAGAGAACAGUUUGAUUUUCAUUUGUAUGAGGAGGAAGGCGGCUUUAUAGACAUCACUGUAUGGGACAGAGACGCCGGCAAGAAAGACGACUUUAUGGGCAGGUGUCAGGUGGACCUCUCAGUCCUGUCUAAGGAGUGCACACACAAGCUGGACUUGCCCCUGGAGGAGGGUGAGGGCAUGCUGGUGCUGCUGGUCACUCUCACCGCUUCAGCCGCAGUCUCCAUCUCAGACCUUUCUGUCAACAUGCUUGAUGACCCGCAUGAGAGGAGAGAGAUUCUACACAGAUAUAGUCUGCUGAGAUCCUUUAACAACAUUAAAGACGUUGGUGUAGUGCAGGUGAAAGUCAUCCGGGCAGAGGGACUGAUGGCAGCUGAUGUUACAGGCAAAAGUGACCCUUUCUGUGUUGUGGAGCUCAGCAAUGAUCGUUUACAGACACACACAGUGUACAAGAACCUGAAUCCUGAGUGGAAUAAAGUCUUCACAUUCAACGUGAAAGACAUCCACUCCGUGCUGGAGGUUACGGUCUAUGACGAAGAUCGGGACCGAAGUGCUGACUUCCUGGGCAAAGUUGCUAUUCCGCUGCUAAGCAUCCAAAAUGGUGAACGGAAAGCUUACGCCUUGAAAAGCAAGGAGCUGACAAGGCCAACAAAAGGGGUCAUCUUUCUCGAAAUAGACGUGAUUUAUAAUGCUGUUAAAGCAGGACUUAGGACACUGAUACCCAUCGAGCAGAAAUAUAUUGAAGAAGAGCCUCGAGUUUCCAAACAGCUGCUCCUGCAGAACUUUAACCGGGUGCGGCGCUGCAUCAUGUUCCUCAUUAACACUUGCUGCUACAUCAACAGCUGCUUCGAGUGGGAGUCUCCUCGGAGGAGCAUCUGUGCUUUCCUUCUCUACAUAGUGGUGGUGUGGAACUUUGAGCUCUACAUGAUCCCGCUGGCUCUGCUGCUCCUGCUAGCCUGGAAUUAUGUCCUCAUCGCUUCGGGAAAGGACAACAGACAGGGAGACGUGCAAGCAGUGGAGGAUCUGCUGGAGGAUGAGGAUGAGGACAUUGACAGAGAUGACAAGGACUCAGAGAGAAAAGGAUUCAUGAACAAGCUGUAUGCCAUUCAGGCUGUUUGCAUCAGUGUGCAAAGUGCUCUGGAUGAAGUGGCCUCCUACAGCGAGAGGAUAAAAAAUACUUUCAACUGGACUGUGCCUUUUCUCAGCUGGCUGGCCAUAGUGGCACUGUUUGUGGCCAUGCUCAUGGUUUACUUCAUUCCUCUCAGAUACAUCGUCCUGGCCUGGGGGGUGAAUAAAUUCACGAAGAAGCUGAGAGACCCGUACACCAUUGACAACAAUGAGCUGCUGGACUUCCUCUCCAGAGUGCCCUCCGAUGUGCAAGUGGUGCAGUACCGAGAGCUGAAACUGGAUCCAAGUCACAGCCCAAAUAAGAGAAAGAAAAAUAACCCAGGAUAGCUCUCUUCCUUCUCCCAUGGACUCAGAUUUAGCAUGCCAAGGACCGGCACUGAUUUGGACCAGCUAGGUGUUCCUCCUUCCUUUCUUUCCUUCUCUCUCGCUCGCUUGCUCUCUCUCUCUCUCUCUCUCUCUCUCUCUCAUCCUCUGUUUCUCGACAGAGGAGAAAACAGAGGAGCACUUUUAAUUAUUACCAUGAGGGUUUCCGCCAUACUUGUUUACUUUUAGUGCAGAGGAGAGUGUGAAAAACUCUUGACCCCUUUUAGAGUCGUACGGCAGGAGCAAUUUGUCACUGGCUGGCAUCAGGCAGAUGGCUCUAAAAGCCAAGGUGUCCUUCCAGCACAGCAGAGGGAGACCAGAGACAGGGAAUGGCUUUAGACACAAAUAGCAGGAUCAGCUGAUAAUGCCGCCAGCCUCAGUGGCACAUCACGUCUCUAUCUUGGAGGGGAAAUAUGAUGGUUAGGUUGUAGUUUGCACCCUGUAAUUUCCACAAUGUGGUGAGGCUGUGCGCUGUAACCCGACGUCCUCCACAGCAGUUAUUAGAGUUGUCAGCUAAGCCUCUUUACAGUUCGAUUUAUAGCUGUAACUAAAGUGUUUGGGGGAAAAUAACAACUGCCUGGCCCGAGAGCCAGUAUUUAUUCAUCUGGGAUAUUUGUUUUAGGUAAUCAGGUUAUUUUAAGGGGAUGAAUGAUGCAUGCUCGUUUUUUUGCGGUAAAAAAAAAGACUGACAUGUUUACAGGGGCAUAUUAGUUUUGGUGACAAAAUCCAUUUUGGUUACUGAAUACUAGCCCACACUAAAUCUUUUCCCAGCCUCCCUCCCUCCCUCUCUCUCUUACCACUCUACAGUGUUCCCGGGUUGCCAUGAGGUGCCACAGUGCAAAUAUGGAUGUCACUGUGGGUGGGCAAAAUGAAGGAUGUUUUAGCGGGUUUCGCGGCGUGCUAAUCAAACUACAAAGGCAUCAUUUUUCCACUGUUUACUGUAGAAUUGAAACCAAUGACAGGCAGCCAGACUUUGAGGGCAGCUUUGUGGGUGUCUUCAUUGUAGGGAAUAGCUUUCUUGAAAAUGUCAACAGUGUGUGACAAGCUGCUUCAGGGACUUGGCAGGGGUGCAGUGCAGGGCAGGAGUUUACCAACGUUGCUGUGGAGGGAAAAGGACCAAGAGGGCAUAGCAUGUUCUUUUUUCAGAACCCUUUCUGAAUUUGGCACAUCAUGCUUUUUCCUCUCCUUCAUCCGUACGGUUGAGCGAGAGGUCACGGCUCGGCCUGUAGGGAGCCUCCUGAGGGAUCUCUGCUGAGCAAGUGUUGAAAGAUCACAGCACCAUCAGACGAGGCUUCUAUUCAAGUUCGGGCCUUCUAUGAAGAAUUAAAAAAAAAAAAAAAACUCCCUUUUGGCUGCUUUUCUAAAAGCACAUCUGUCAUAUGGAAAGCCCAUUGAUUUGUUUGAAAGCAUUUCCUUACAAAGACAACACACUCCCCAUUGAACAAGACACCAAUGGUAGCGAAGUGAUCUAGAUUAAAAAAAGGAUCUCAUGAAGAAAUGUUUGGGAUCUGGUGAAGGGAACGAUUACUCUAAGCCUGAGUGUGUAUGUGCUGUUCAACUUUCUUUUAAUUCUUUAGUAAACGUAUCGUAUGGCUUGCGCAUCUCCUAUCCAAAAACUGGUUUCAGUCUUGUCUUCAGAAUCCUACAUUUGCAAGCAAACCAAAGUGGACCUUUUUAACAUCAUCAAUGUAGAAUGUAACAUUUCCAUAAAAAUGCAAAAAAGUAAAAAAAAAGUUACAGCAGUUUUUAUUUGCACUGAUUUUUAAAUCUGUUUUGUUUCAAAUUGAUGUAAAUAUAUAUUAUAAUAUGCUUGUAAAUGUAUAAAAGAUAUUUAUGAUGUAAAGCUUUGUGUGUGUUACUUCCCUUAGAGAUGUUUAAUGAUAUAAAGAUCUCAGUGUUUGGGUGAGGUGGGAAUUAAUGCUGGUAAAGGUGGAACGUGAGAGUGCCACUAAAAUAUUUCAGUAAAUUCCUCAGAUGAAUGUCUGUUCAUUUUAAGAAAGAGAUAUGAAGAUUAUUAAAUAUUUUUUAUCAUCUA